UACAUGUUUGGUUGAGUUUUGAAUGAGGGGCCAUCAUCCCGGCAGGCUCAGAGGUGGAAAAUACAUUUUAAAGUCUCUCUGGAUGCAUUUAAGAUGAACACGCGUCCGACAGGUUACCCGAACGACUGUUCGUCGCCCUUUCAGCUUCUCGUCGGGUUUCUUUGGAUGUACUCCUCUCACUCCCAACGUUUUGUGCUUUUGAAAUGACGUUUCACCAGACGCCUCAAGACCAAUGUCUUAAUUCGCUUGGAUAUAAAUAAAUAAAAAAGUACAUAUAUAGUUAAAAAGAAAAUCUCGAGCAGCAUUUCAGACAACAACCCAUCACCCUAUUUCCCCUCUUCUUAUUUCUCCUCACAUGAGAAAGAGGGACAUCACAACUCGCUUAACACACUUACACAAACACACAAGCCACCAUGUCCUCCAUCCUUCCCUUCACUCCGCCGGUAGUGAAGCGCCUGCUGGGAUGGAAGAAGACUUCAACGGGGAGCGGAGGCGCGGGCAUCGGAGGAGUAGGGGAGCAGAACGGAGGAGGACAGGAGGAUAAGUGGUGUGAAAAGGCUGUGAAGAGCCUGGUGAAGAAGCUGAAGAAGACCGGGCAGCUGGAUGAGCUCGAGAAAGCCAUCAGCACGCAGAACAGCAACACAAAGUGUGUCACCAUACCCAGUAAUUGCUCAGAUCUAUGGGGUCUAGGCUCAGGCCACAAGAUAGAGCAGUGGGACUCUACAGGCAUGUACGGAUACCAUGACCACAGCAGGUCACUGGACGGGCGGCUCCAGGUGUCCCAUCGCAAGGGCCUGCCCCACGUCAUCUACUGCCGCUUGUGGAGAUGGCCCGACCUCCACAGCCACCAUGAGCUGAGGGCCAUUGACUCCUGCCAGUUCGCCUUCAACCUCAAAAAGGAUGAAGUGUGCGUCAAUCCCUACCAUUACCAGAGAGUGGAGACGCCUGUGCUGCCUCCGGUGUUGGUGCCACGCCACACAGAGAUCCUCACCGAGCUUCCUCCUCUAGAUGACUUUACAAACUCCAUCCCCGAAAACACCAACUUCCCUGUCGGCAUUGACCCUCCUAAUAACUAUAUUCCAGAGACUCCUCCACCUGGCUACAUCAGUGAAGAUGGAGAAAACAGCGACCAACAGAUGAAUCAAAGUAUGGAAUCAGGCUCACCUGCAGAAAUGUCACCCGGGGCCUUGUCACCUGUCAAUCAUGCCAUGGACCUUCAGCCGGUUACCUACAGCGAACCCGCUUUCUGGUGCUCGAUAGCCUACUAUGAGCUGAACCAGCGGGUCGGAGAGACGUUCCACGCCUCCCAGCCAUCUCUGACAGUCGACGGCUUCACCGACCCCUCCAACUCUGAACGCUUCUGUCUCGGGCUUCUCAGCAAUGUAAACCGGAACGCAACUGUGGAAAUGACAAGGAGACAUAUAGGUCGUGGUGUGCGGUUGUACUACAUCGGAGGGGAGGUGUUUGCCGAGUGCCUCAGCGACAGUGCCAUUUUUGUCCAGAGCCCCAACUGCAACCAGCGAUACGGCUGGCACCCUGCCACAGUCUGCAAGAUACCACCAGGCUGUAAUCUGAAGAUUUUUAACAACCAGGAGUUUGCUGCACUGCUGGCCCAGUCAGUCAAUCAGGGAUUUGAGGCAGUCUACCAACUAACCAGGAUGUGCACCAUCAGAAUGAGCUUUGUCAAGGGCUGGGGAGCAGAGUACAGGCGUCAGACAGUAACCAGCACUCCCUGUUGGAUUGAGCUGCACCUCAACGGCCCCCUCCAGUGGUUGGAUAAGGUGCUGACCCAGAUGGGCUCCCCAUCGGUGCGGUGCUCCAGUAUGUCCUAAACGGGGUUCUGCUGCUGGAGGCGCAAAGUCACUGACAUUUCACAACAUUUGUCCAGUAAGUCCGGAGGAAGACCACCGUGCAGUCUUAAUCUGACGCACCAACAACAACAUUAUCAUAAAAAGAAAAAGGAUUACACAAUGGGCCAGGAGGAUGACAUCGCCGAUGGACAAGAGUGGAAUGUUAACAACGAUGUCACAGUGGGCCCGACUUUGGCUCUGUUGGAUUCAAGUCAGGAUUACAUUCCAGUAAUCAUGGACCUGAUAAUUGAAACCACCCGGCAAUAUCAAACUGACGACAGCGAUGUCGUUAUGGACCAGACUGAAUCAUGUUUGUUUGACUGAGGCGCUGAUCCAGAAGCGCUAAGCGGCACGGAGCUUAACUGUCCUGCUCGGUGACACGACAGCGGCUGUCACGGGGAUUGAGCGUGUGAACCUUCUAGGCAGUCUCUCCAACCACUAGCCGUCGUUCCCCCCUCCCCCCCCCCCCAUUACCUGUCUGCCACAGCACCGCUUUGAUUCGCCGUCAUGAUCUCUGUUUACACGAGGCUGGACCAACGGUCGUGCCGCCACUUUAACUCGUGUUCAACCAAAGUCACGCCUGGACUUUUUUUUCCCUCCUUACUUUUAGUGACCAAACGUCCAUUCCAUUUUUAGCUGAGCUCGCCACUUUUCCUGCAUUUCUCCUGAUCGGCCUUAUAAUGUCGCGAUCACACGCCUGACUGCGCUGGACCGGCGGGGAGCGCGUCGUCUUUCAUUAAUACUGCACACCCUGUCCUCACGUGUACGUACGCAUACGCCUGCACUCAGGCGAAACCCCGUUGCAGUUCUUGCGCCACUUAACUUUGCUACUCGUGACAUCACGACAAGUCAUUUCCUCUGCGUUGAGUCGCUCUGUGCCGUGGGACCGUGAGUGUGCAGCGGGGGUUUGAUGUUUGAUGCCAGCCAGCAUCGAUAACUGGAAUGAGUCAUUUUCACAGCGAGAGCAUAAGGACGUGUCCCUCCUCUGGAACGUCGUACAAUCAUUCGACUUGUUUUCCGGCUGUAAUAAAGGCGUACAAAAUUAGCCCCAGUUAACGCAAUAAAUUGCUCUGACUUGCAUGCUCAUACACUCUCCCUCCCUCUCUUUACAUUCUCUUCAUUAACUUUUUACGAUUAUAUCGGCCUACUUAUGAAGGAAAAGUUGUAUGUUGGACUUGGAGAUGUCGGUUGAAGACGCACGCCCUAUAAAUGCAGUUUAAGAAUCUGAAUGUCGCCCCCUACUGUCCAAAAGGGAGAACUAUAUGAACGCCCAUCAGUUAAAGAUUCACUGAUGUAGAAAUGGUGUGAGUCUUGAUUACACGCUUGAAAUGGCGCACGGUUUCCCCAUUAUUUACAUUUUAUCGAUCGGAAGACAAGUCCUACAGGGACUUAAAACUGGCUUCUGCACUGUACUUUCACUGCCCCCAAAUUAUGCACACUUGAAAUUGCUCGAAGAAAUUUGCCUUUUGUUGUAAAAUACAGCAAGAUAUGCUUUAAAAUGUACAGAUAGGAAUGUUAAAAAGCCCAAUUUUAAAUCAAGACAAUUACAAAAGAUAUCUUCCAUAUUUUUUCAAGGAUGUUCACUAUAAAGAGUUUUUCUUCCAUAUACUGCCCGUAUUGGCUUAUUAAAGAGCGUUUGUUUGAUUUGUAAUAAAAUGUUUCGCCCCGAUCUAAAAGCCAGCUGGUACCCACAUCGGUAUUUAAGUCCAAAUCGUUAGUAUUCAAGCUUUAAGUAAUUGACGAGCUAUUAUUUUCUUCACACAUUGUUUACGCUACAUUUUUGUAUGUUCACGUAUUUUUUAUAUAUGGAUAUAUUUAAGACAUUUUAACCAUUUCUUCCCUUUUAGUAGAAUUCAGUAUUUUUUUAGAAUAUGCCCUUCAUUCGAAAAAUGACCACAGCUUGACGAUGAAGUAUUUACCAGAGGCUUGAACGCUGUCACUGUCCACACGUCGUGACCAAGUGAUCACAAACAACAUAAACGGCAUUUUAUUUCCAUCAACACCUGACUUUUGGCUGCUAAAACUUUUGAAUCCAUCGGCUGUUCCAGCCGGUGUGAACGGGAGUUUCUCGCCUCCCUCGUUCUUCAGCUCGAUGGGUGCGACCCGAACUAAGAUAGUGCUGUCCCAAAGACCGAACACACGUAUUUACAAUAUGUCCUUUACCCUGCAGAUCCGCUGCGUCAUAAGCCGAACUGCUGUUGAAGGUUUUUUUCUUAUGUAAUUGGCUUCAAGAAGUUUAAACUCUCCAAAUUCCUUUUUUUUUUGGUGAGUUACAACUUGUUAGAAACAAAUCAAGAUACCUGUUUAAAAAACAAAAAAAACGUGCAAAAUUAACGAAUUCAGAUUUCUUUAGAGAUAAUUUGGAUGUAAUCCAGCAGCUGGGCUGCAGUAAUAUUUUCCAUGAGCAGUUGGUUUUCAUUUUAAAAGCUCUGACUUUGGAAGGUGAACUUGUGGAAGUCUGUCUUGCUUUAGCGAUGUAGGACGUUCCAACAUGCAGUGGGAACGCUGCGGCCAAUCCAAACUCUGAAUAUGUUUUGACUCCUCAUGACUCCUUAUGCGUGUAUGGUUGCACAUGUUUCAAAUGUCCCAAAAUAUUUCAGCGCGUUCAUAUAUGCACACCUGAUAUUUUGGCGUUCCAUGCGAGGCCUCGUUACUUCUCUGCGAGUUCCUCUCUCGCGGUAUCCGACCGCAUUAGCAGGACGUCUUGGCUCAUACCGUCACAUUCCAGAAAGCUUUCUUUAUUUUCUUUUUCGCCGGUCUUCACUCGGUGCUCUGUCAUGCCAGCGUGCACGCAAACCACGUUGACGUUUCCGGUUCGAUCACUCUACUGCAACAUCUUUUUUUUUAUCUUCUAAAGAACUAGUUAUGGAACUCCAAAUAAGUGUUUUAAACAAAGAUUUGUUUGACAUUUUUUUUUAACAAACGACUGAGAUAAGAAGUCCAGAAUUGCUGGUGUUUAAAUAUACAUAUUGUGACCAUUAAAAGAUUAAAUGUGCGGCGGCCCGUUUUGAGGAUUGUGAGACAACACUGCGGAUCCCGAAGGAUACUUCUUUUUAAGGAAAACCCUUCUCUCCAUUCACCGAGCAUUUUCCUGGGUCAAACUGGUAUCGCUUGUGACCAGUUGGAGACCAGUGUGUCUACCUGUCCGUCCUGUCAGUUUUGCUGCUCUUGUCUUUUUUUGGGGGGGGACAAAGUUGACCCGACUGCCAAGGUCAGUGCACAUACGAUGGAAAUAUAUAGUGUUACCUUUUUCUUUUUUACGGUGGUUGUAUCGCCGUUAAAAACAAUACAUAUGUGUGUCUAUGCAGUGGCGGCAACUAGUUUGGACUAUGUAUUCAAACACAUUUCCUGAUGGUUAGGUAUGCUGUUUUAUGCAUAUUACCAGGGUCCAACAAAAGCCUUUUGUAUCAAUUUUUUUUCCUUCUUUUUAAACGAUUGCCACCCAACAAUAUCAACCAGCUGUCUCAGAAUUCAGUUUUUGGAGAUUGAAGAUCAGCCCAAAUUCGGUUUCAUGUCGACCACAGCUCAGCAUUUUUAAGGGUCAACGUCCCUAUUUUACAGAUUACAUUUGUUUCUUUUUUUCUUAUUGUGAUGACAAUUGUGUAUCCCCAAACAAGCCUCUUCUUGAGAAGGGUUGCUAGUUGGAGAAAGUGAAGUUUCUACAUGUCACUGGUGAUGUUAUUGUAUAGUUGUACUUUAAUUUGACCGUACAUGCCGUUUGUUUUUCUUGCUAUCAGCGGAGCAUAUUCCAUUAGACGACAAGCUGUUAGGAUUUCUGCCUUCUUCAAACAUUGAUGAUGAUCUUCAUAUCUGCUUUCCAACUAGUCUACAUAUUCAAUCAACUUCUUACAGUGUACACUAAUAAAGAUGUUUCAAUUCAA